AGAGGCAGCAGCAGAGUGAGCAGUGGGUCCAUGACGCCAGCUGGAUCUGGGGGCUGCGGGCCAGCUAAGCUGAGCUGGGCCUCUGGGGGGCCGCGGAUGCCCUGAGGACUUAGAGAGAGUUCUCUAGACCCUUGAGGGGACCUGGCUAGUUCCAAAGAUGCCGACCAAUGGGCUGCGUCAGGUACUGAAGAUCCAGUUUGGCCUUGUCAAUGACACUGACCGCUACCUGACGGCUGAGAGCUUUGGCUUCAAAGUUAAUGCUUCUGCGCCCAGCCUUAAGAGGAAGCAGACAUGGGUGCUAGAGCCUGACCCGGGGCAGGGCGCAGCAGUGUUGUUCCGCAGCAGUUAUCUAGGUCGAUACCUGUCUGCCAAAGAGGAUGGACGCGUGUCCUGCGAGGCGGAGCAGCCAGGCCAAGACUGCCAUUUCCUGGUCCUGCCACAGCCUGAUGGGCGCUGGGCACUGCAGUCGGAGCCGCACGGCCGCUUCUUCGGUGGCACCGAGGACCAGCUUUCCUGCUUUGCCACGGCCAUCUCCCCAGCUGAGCUGUGGACCGUGCACCUGGCCCUGCACCCGCAGGUGCACCUGCUGAGUGUGAGCCGGCGGCGCUAUGUCCACCUGUGCCCUGAGGAGGACGAGAUGGCAGCUGACGGUGACAUGCCAUGGGGCGUGGACGCCCUCCUCACCCUCAUCUUCCAGAGCCGACGCUACUGCCUCAAGACCUGUGACAGCCGCUACCUGUGCAGUGACGGCCGCCUCAUCUGGGAGCCUGAGGCUCGUGCCUGCUACACACUUGAGUUCAAGGCAGGCAAGCUGGCCUUCAAGGACUGUGACGGCCGCUACCUUGCGCCCAUGGGGCCUGCUGGCACGCUCAAGGCUGGCCGAAACACUCGGCCUGGCAAGGACGAGCUCUUUGAUCUGGAGGAGAGUCACCCACAGGUGGUGCUGGUGGCAGCCAACCACCGCUAUGUCUCUGUGCGGCAAGGGGUCAACGUCUCAGCUAAUCAGGACGAAGAACUGGACCAUGAGACCUUCCUGAUGCAAAUUGAUCAGGAGACCAAGAAGUGUACCUUCUAUUGCAGCACUGGGGGCUACUGGAUGCUGGUCACCCACGGGGGCAUUCAGGCCACAGCCCCACAAGUCUCUGCCAACACCAUGUUUGAGAUGGAGUGGCGUGGCCGGAGGGUGGCACUCAGAGCCAGCAAUGGGCGCUACGUGUGUAUGAAGAAGAAUGGGCAGCUGGCAGCCAUCAGCGAUUUUGUGGGCAACGACGAGGAGUUCACCCUCAAGCUCAUCAACCGGCCCAUCUUGGUGCUGCGUGGCCUGGAUGGCUUCGUCUGCCAGCGCCGUGGCUCCAACCAGCUGGACACCAACCGCUCUGUCUACGACGUCUUCCACCUGAGCUUCAGCGACGGCGCGUACCAGAUUCGAGGCCGCGGCGGGUUCUGGAACACCGGCAGCCACGGCAGCGUGUGCAGCGACGGCGAGGCCUCCGAGGACUUCCUCUUUGAGUUCCGCGAGCGCGGCCGGCUGGCCAUCCGGGGCCGGAGCGGCAAAUACCUGCGCGGCGGCGCCUCGGGGCUGCUGCGUGCCGACGCCGACACGCCGACGGGGGCCGCACUCUGGGAGUACUGAGGUCUCCUGGCCGCAUUAAACCAUGUCUGUC